GAGUGAGUUGGGGGUGUGGGAAUCGGGUUGUCAGGGGCACAGCAUGCCCUCUGCCCCUGGGCUAUGGAGAUCUCCCUGGUGCCUCUGGAGAACGGCAGUGCCAUGACCCUCAGAGGAGGAGGGGAGGCAGGGGCAAGCUGUGUGCAGACCCCCAGGGGAGAGUGUGGGUGCCCUCCGACGGUUGGGCUCAGUAAUCAGUCCAAAGAAUCCUCAUCGAGGGGGCGUGCCACGGAAGGUGAUGAGGAACAGGAGGGGCUGCCUUUGCCCCCUCUGCCUCUGGAGCUACGGCAGCCUAGAGGACCAUCUCCUGAGGAUGAGGAGGAAGAAGGCGACCCUGGCCUGGGCACAGUGGAGGAGGAUCAGACUCCACAGGGCGCAGGGUCGCUGCAUCAUCAGCGAGUCCUUAUAAACAUCUCCGGGCUGCGCUUCGAGACACAGUUGGGCACCUUGGCACAGUUUCCCAACACCCUCCUGGGGGACCCAGCCAAGCGCCUGCGCUACUUCGACCCCCUGAGAAAUGAGUACUUCUUCGAUCGCAACCGGCCCAGCUUCGAUGGCAUCCUCUACUACUACCAGUCAGGGGGUCGCCUCCGCAGGCCGGUCAAUGUCUCCCUGGAUGUGUUUGCAGACGAGAUCCGUUUCUACCAGCUGGGGGACGAGGCCAUGGAGCGCUUCCGGGAGGAUGAGGGCUUCAUCAAGGAAGAGGAGAAGCCCCUUCCCCGCAACGAAUUCCAGCGCCAGGUGUGGCUAAUCUUCGAAUACCCAGAAAGCUCAGGGUCCGCAAGAGCCAUUGCCAUCGUGUCAGUUUUAGUCAUUCUUAUCUCUAUCAUCACCUUCUGCUUGGAAACUCUGCCUGAGUUCAGGGAUGAACGGGAGCUGCUCCGCCACCCUCCAGUGCCGCCCCAGCCUCCAGUCCCAGCCCCAGGGACCAAUGGCAGCGGAGCCGGCGCCCCUUCCUCUGGCCCCACAGUGGCGCCACUCCUGCCUAGGACCCUGGCUGACCCAUUCUUUAUCGUUGAGACUACAUGCGUGAUCUGGUUCACUUUUGAGUUGCUUGUGCGCUUCUUUGCCUGCCCUAGCAAGGCAGAGUUCUCUCGGAAUAUCAUGAACAUCAUUGAUAUUGUGGCCAUCUUUCCUUACUUUAUCACCCUGGGCACCGAGCUGGCAGAGCAACAGCCAGGGGGCGGUAGUCAGAACGGGCAGCAGGCCAUGUCGCUAGCCAUCCUCAGGGUGAUCCGCCUGGUCCGGGUGUUUCGCAUCUUCAAGCUCUCCCGCCAUUCCAAGGGGCUGCAGAUCCUGGGUAAGACCUUGCAGGCAUCCAUGCGGGAGCUGGGGCUGCUCAUCUUUUUCCUCUUCAUUGGAGUCAUCCUCUUCUCCAGCGCUGUCUACUUCGCAGAGGCGGACAACCAGGGGUCUCACUUCUCCAGUAUCCCGGAUGCCUUCUGGUGGGCAGUAGUCACCAUGACCACCGUAGGCUAUGGAGACAUGAGGCCCAUCACUGUGGGAGGCAAGAUUGUGGGCUCACUGUGCGCUAUCGCUGGGGUCCUCACCAUCGCCCUGCCUGUGCCUGUCAUUGUCUCCAAUUUUAAUUACUUCUAUCAUCGGGAGACAGACCAUGAGGAGCAGGCUGCCCUGAAGGAGGAGCAAGGCAACCACAGGCGGGAAUCUGGGCUGGACGCAGGGGGUCAGAGGAAGGUUAGCUGCAGCAAGGCCUCCUUCUGCAAGACUGGGGGUUCCCUGGAGAACUCUGACAGUAUCAGAAGGGGUAGCUGCCCCCUAGAAAAGUGUCAGCUGAAGGCCAAGAGCAACGUGGACUUGCGAAGGUCGCUAUAUGCCCUCUGUCUGGACACUAGCCGGGAAACAGAUUUGUGAAA